AUGGAUAUCCAGAUCAAAGGCCUGCCGCCAAACCUCAACGAGUACGAUGUCAUCAAACUCGUCGCGAAAGUCCUCCACUCGGAGGCGUUUAUGCCUGCCGAGGAUGACUCUGGAGAUGAGGACCUCCCGACACAGUCUCCCACCGACAACAGAGUGAACUUCAGGGUGAAGCUCAAUCGUAGCAUGCAAGGCAGUGCACGAAACGAUGGAUCAGGCAUCCUAACCGUUCCCACUGACAAGAUAGGGAGGAGAUUCCUAGCUCACGUCAAGGGCAAUCCUAUCAAAAUCGACAAACGAAAGAUAAACUUUUGGAAGCGUAGCCCCGCUCCUUCAGGUAUCGCUAGCCUGCUGGGCAAGACGCCCUUCAUGGACCCGGAGAUCGAGGAAACCCACGAACGUAUCGUUGAGAGCCUGAACACUAGCUUGCGCGUCGAUCUUGUGCAAUUUGGGGUGCUUUUCCGCCCGACGUAUGUCUACCCGGUCUCGCGCGAGUUCUCUGUGGAGUGGUCAAAACAGUACACGACUGAAGGUGUUGCAUGGUUGAAAUUUGAAUACGACCACAAACUCAUCCGCAUCACCCUGGGAGACGCCACGACCGAGAUGACAGGAUCUAGUAUCGCUAUCAGCUUCAUCAACAUCAUUCGCAUGGCGCUAGGCUACCAGGGAAAGCCCCAUGUCGUCUUCGAGUUGCUCACGCCACCCGUGCUGGAGCAGAUCCAGUUCCAUCGGCACCCCGAUGAUGACCGUAAAUCUAAGUUACGCAUCGGACAUCUCAACGGCGCACACCUGGCCGUAUCGCCAUACGCAUGGCAGCUCCGCAUCGAGCUGACCGACAAGGACUAUACAGACCUCGGUCUCGCCUUUUGCGACCUCUGUAAGAAGGCGGGCAUCGACAAUCUGCUGGUACAGAUGAAGACCGUAGGGCCCAAUAGGCAGGUGAAGUGGCACCAGAUCGAUGCCAACGGGCACAAGUUCUUCGAGAGGAAGCGCAUCGAGCGCCUCACUCGUGACUUCGCCAAGUUCCCGUGGCCCGUGGCCUUCCAGCUCGAGGCGCUCCUGCGGAACGGGCGCAUCACCACCGGCGAGAUCGAGAGCAGCCUGAACGCGAUACGCGCCCUGUGCGAGACGUACCCGGAGCACGACUGCGCGCGCGUCGGCGAUCUGCUGCGCAAGUUCAACUUCGAGCUGGGCAAGAGGCCGGCGACUGAGAGUCCCAGGGCCUGCUUCGAUCGCAUCAUGAAGCUGUUCGAGUUUGCUGAGCUGCAUAUUACGCCAGGGUACUUUCAAUGCUGCCAUAUCAUCUUUACGCCGACGCGGACGGUGCUCGAGGGGCCGUAUCCUGUUCAAAGCAAUCGUAUCAUUCGAAGGUAUCCCGGCUACGAGCAUCAUUUCAUUCGGGUUGAAUUCCGAGACGAGGACAGAUUAGCAUACCGCUGGGACCGCACCGUCGACGGCUCCCAAUUCGUGCGCGAGCGUGUCGGUGGCAUCCUCGCCAACGGCUUCAAGCUCGGCGGCCGCUCCUUCGUCUUCCUCGCCUACAGCACCUCCGCCCUCCGCGAGCACUCCGUCUGGUACCUCAACGAGUUCUACCACGAGGAGCUGGGGUACUGGAUCACCGCGGACUACAUCCGCGACUCCAUCGGGCACUUCCCGGAGGACUCGAAGCUGGUGCGCCAGCCGUCGAAGUACGCGGCGCGGCUGGCGCAGGCGUUCACGGCGACGGAGCCGUCGGUGAAGAUUAGAAGGGAUGAGUGGGAGGAGAUGGAGGAUUUGAGCCCCCCGCCGCCGCCUGGGAAGAGGGUGUCGCCGUACUUGUUUACGGAUGGGGUGGGGACGAUUUCGCGCUCGCUGGGAGAUCGUAUCUGGGGUAAGCUCAUCAGCGAGCGGGGCGGGGAUCUCACCAAGCGGUUGCGGCCGGACGCUUACCAGAUACGCUUCCUGGGAUAUAAGGGUAUGGUCGCUGUCGACGAGGAGAUGGACAAGGACAACACGGGCAUUCACAUGCGCCUCCGGCCCUCGAUGCGCAAGUUCGACAGCAAGGAGGAAGACAUGUGGGAAGCCGACAUCGAGAUCGCCCGCCAUUUCGCCUACCCAAACAACAUGUUCACGAACAAAGCCCUGGUGACCGUGCUCGAAAACCUCGGCGUCGGGUGCGACCAGUUCGAGAAGCUGCAGCAGAGUGCGGUCGCCAGCGUCGAGCGCAUCCACGACGACAUCGACGCCUGGCGCGACGUCCUGCGCUCCAACAAUCUCUGCCGCACCUUCCGCCUCGCGCACAUCCUCGACAACUUCGUCGCCAUGGGCCUCGAGAUGAAGGGCACGCCCAGCAGGCCACGCCGCGCUCCUCUGCCCGGCUUCGACAGCCCGUUCUUCAAGAAGAUACGGGAGGUGGCGAGGAUGGCGAUAUUGCGGGAUAUCAAGCACGAUGCGCGGUUCGGGAUCCCGGACAGCUACAAGCUAGUUGGGAUUGCCGAUGAGGGGCCGGCGUAUAUCAAGGCGGGCAAGGAGAACGUGUACUGCCUGGGGGAUAGGGAGAUCUAUGCUUGUGUGCAGCGAACGGAGGGUGAGGACCCCGUAUGGCUGGAAGGGAACUGUAUCAUCUCUCGCAGUCCUGUCACGCACGUAGGAGAUGUACAGCGAGUGCAUGCCAUCGGCAGGCCUCCUGCAGACAUGCUAUCCUCCUUUGGAAAGCUGAAGAACCUGGUAGUGCUCCCGUCCGUAGGUGACCGCUCUCUAUGCUCCAUGCUCAGUGGAGGAGAUCUCGACGGCGAUUUGUACGACAUCAUCAUGUGUGAAGACCUUCUGUACUCUCAGCAAGAGAAGCCUCUCGAUUUCGACCCCGGCGAGACCUUCCAGCUCAACCGACCAGCAACCGUCGACGACAUUUGCAACUUCAUCGUCGAGUACAUCAACUCGGACGUCGUGGGCCUGUUGUCUGAUCGCCUACUGGUCAUCGCUGAUCAGUCCAAGAACGGUAUCUUCGACGAGGACUGCGUCAAGAUCGCCAAACUUUGUUCACAGGCGGUCGAUUACCCGAAGCAAGGCAUACCGGUGGAUCUAGAGAAUGGCAACUUGCCGCGUCCGCUGAUGAGGCAAAAGCCCGAUUGGCACGCCGCCGAAGUCAUUCGUCCGCGGGACAACGACUACUACCGCUCCGACAAGGCGCUCGGACGACUGUACCGCAACAUCCAGAUUCGCGAGGUGGAAGCUCUCUCCGAGGAAGAGGCAGCGUCCACGACCGGCGUCAACGCCAUCACGAAGGCGAUCGAGCGUCGCGCGGAGGACUACCUGGACGACUCGCUGCCCUUCGAGAACGACCUCGUGCAGCUUUUCAAGCGGUACGCCGAGGAGCUGCGCUACAUCUGCACGACGCACACGGUCUCGAACACGCCCGGCGUCGAGCUCAUCGAGGAGGAGGUCGUGGUCGGGACCAUCCUCGCCAAGUGCUCGCAGACUAGGUGGCGCAGGGAUAGGAUUAGCAGGAUGACCCAGCACAUGAGCCAGUUGGUCGUCACCGUCGAACAUGGCCUUCGCCGAGGCGAUCCCCGGGACCAUACCGCCCAGCUUCAUACGCUAAACCGCGCCAUCCAGGCCUGGAAGCUCAGUGUUGCGCAUUACGAAGAUUGGGGUGCGAAGAGCUUCGGCCUCGUCGUUCUUGCUUAUAUCUUCGACUGCUUGAAAAUCCUGGAGGCGGGACGGGAAGCGGAGCUCCCGUGA